AUGUUUGUGGAACAUGAUGUUUGUGGUAUAGAAGUGACAGUUAGGAGGCUUAGGUGUGUGAAUGAAAUGGUUGAGUUAGAUGUAAGUGAUGAAGAGGAGAGAGUUAAAGGGUUGAAUGACAGUGAGGCAAAAAGAACCACUGCUAUUGCAGAUGGAUUCGAUGGAAUUGAUGUCACUAUACCAAUUAGUGAAGGUCCAAUAAUAGUUGGGUUGUUACCUUGUCCCCUAAAGAGAAAAUGUGAAGAUGAUGACUAUGGGUUCAUAAAUAGUUGCAAACCAUUUAUUGGGGUUGAUGGGUGUCAUUUGAAGACCAAAUAUGAAGGACAACUCUUAAUAGUUAUUGGUAGGAACCCCAAUGACCAAUAUCUUCCAUUGGCCUUUGGUGUUGUGGAAACAGAAACAAAGGAUAGUUGGAGGUGGUUUAUACAAUUGUUAAUGGAAGAUGUUGGAAAAGACAAUAGAUAUGGUUUGGUAGCAUUAUUCGAAGAGAUGUUUGAAAGAAUUGAGCAUAGGCUCUGUUUGCGACAUUUGUAUGCAAACUUCAAGAAGAAAUUUGGAGGUGGAUCAUUGAUAAGAGAUCUAAUGAUGAGAACAGCCAAAAUAAGUUACCAUCAAGGCUGGAUGCAAAAGAUGAAUAAAUUAAAGCAAAUAGAUCAAAAGGCUCGAUCAUGGCUAAUGGGAGUACCUCCUAAGUGUUGGUGUAAUAAUCCAUUUAGUUUUUACCUUAAAUGUGAUUUACUAAUGAAUAACAUUAUUGAGUAUUUUAAUGCCACCAUUUUAGUAGCUAGAUAUAAACCAAUACUAAUAAUGUGUGAAUGGAUUAGAAAAUAUCUGAUGAAUAGGUGCAGUACUUCUGCCAUGAAACUUGAAAAAUGGCCUCACAAGGUUAUGUCUAUUCCUAGAAAGAUAUUAGAUACCGAGGUCACACAUUCUUAUAACAAACAGGAGUUCAUUGUUGAUAUAGCCAAGAGAUCUUGCACAUGUAAUUUAUGGGAAUUAGUAGGCAUUUCAUAUAGGCAUGUUGUUGCGGCACUAGGUUUUAGGCAACAGAAUCCUGAAAGUUUUGUUGAUGCAUGUUACUCUAGGGAAAAAUAUGCCCUUUGGUAUGGAUUUGUUGUGAGUCUUAUUAAUGGACAAGAAAUGUGGCCUGAGGUUGAAAGUGAAGAGCUUCUACCUCCUAGCUUCAAAAAAGGUCCUGAUAGAUCUAGAAAAUUAAGAAUUAGAGAGUCUGGUGAGGAAGGUGCUAGAAUAAGGCUCCCUAGUGUAUCUUAUAGGUGCACUAAGUGUGAUAAGAUUGGACAUAAUGUGAAGUCAUGCAAGAGCAAGAAACAAAACCCAAAUUCCUUGAAGAGAAAGGUAUUUUGUAAUGACUAUUGCACACUUUUGGUGCUAUUUAGUAAUGACUAA